AUCAAGAUUUGAGUGCUCUAAGAUAUUAUUGUAUUCAAAUAAAACAAAAUUCAUCCUGGGCUCCUGUUAAGCAAGUUGUAUUGAUAAGAUCACACUUCUAUUUUCCAAAAUCACAUUACCAGCCGGCAGUAUUAUGUUUCAAGCACUUGUCUCAAACAAUACUCAUUAAUGGAAAUAAUGUAUAGUUUGUAUCCAGAUCUCUUGCAAAAACUCAGUUUUUUCCUCCCUUUCCUACUCUUUUUACUCUUUGUAUACAAGAUUUUGUGUACAAGCUUUAACAAUGGCAAAAACCCACCACCAUCCCCACCAAAACUACCAAUCAUAGGCAACCUUCAUCAACUUGGAUCAUUACCUCAUCGAUCCCUUUAUUCACUUUCUCAAUUAUAUGGUAACCUUAUGUUGCUUCAUUUAGGCAGUAGACCAACCCUUGUGGUGUCAUCCCCUGAUAUGGCCCAACAAAUCCUGAAAACUCAUGAUAAGGUCUUCUCCAACAGGCCUAAAUCUCACAUUUCUUCUAGAAUCUUCUAUGAUGGUAAAGAUAUUGCCUUUACUUCUUAUGGGGAAUAUUGGAGAAGGAUUAGAAGUGUUUGUGUAAUGCAACUUUUAAGUAAUAAAAAGGUUCAAUCUUUUCAAAUUGUAAGAGAAGAAGAAGCUUCUUUGAUAGUGGAAAAGAUCAAGAAAUCCUGCAAUUUAGUGAUAAAUUUGAGGGAAAUUAUUAUGUUAUAUACAAAUGAUGUUAUUUGUAGGGCUUCUUUAGGAAGGAAAUAUAGUGGUGAUGAUGAUGAAGGGUCUAAAUUCAAAAAGCUUUUGAAUGAUGCCAUGAGAUUGAUUGGGUAUUUUAGUUUUGAAGACAUGAUACCUUGGCUUGGUUGGAUUGAUAGGAUUAUGGGUUUGAAAGGUGAAGUGGAAGAUGUUGCACAAGGGUUAGAUGAAAUAAUUGGGAAAGUAGUUGAAGAACAUCAAAAUAAAUUGAGUUGUAAAAACAACAUUCUUGGAGUGGAUGGUAAAAGGGAGAAUAUUGAUACUUUUGUGGAGAUUUUGCUUCAAUUUCAUAAGGAGAACAAUGAUAUUCAACUUGAGAGUAUCAAGGCCAUUAUAUUGGAUAUGUUUGCAGCUGGGACUGACACAACUCAGACAUUUAUAGAAUGGGUAAUCAUUGAGCUAAUUAGGCAGCCUAGAGCAAUGAAACAAGUUCAAGAAGAGAUUAGAAAAGUUGUUGGAGGUGGUAAUAACAAUAUAUGUGAAGAGCAUUUGGAAAAAUUAACAUAUUUAAAAGCAGUGGUUAAAGAAUCAUUAAGGCUGCACCCUCCAGCUCCUCUGUUGGUCUUUCAUGAGUCGUCCGAGGAUGUCAAAUUAAAUGGUUUUGAUGUUGCUGCAGGAACACAAGUUCUUAUCAACGCAUGGGCAAUUCAUCGAGAUCCUAGUUUUUGGGAAGAACCUGAAGAGUUUCGUCCUGAAAGGUUUUUAAACAAUCCAUGUGAUUUUACGGGGCUAUAUUUUCAUUACAUUCCUUUUGGAGCAGGGAGAAGGAUUUGCCCGGGCAUAUCAUUUGCUAUAAGGACAACAGAGCUUUUGAUUGCUAAUCUUGUUUAUGAGUUUGAUUGGAAAUUUCCUAGAGGAAUAGAGGCCGAAAAUCUGGAUAUGACUGAAGCUGCUGGUAUCACUGUUGGUAGACGAGAUCCUCCGAUGCUCAUUGCCACUCCUUGUUUAUGGAGAUAAUUUUUCAAACUAGGAUUUAUUUCUCUAACAUUAUGUUUGGAUAGAGAAUUAGGAGAGAAAAGAAAGUAAGCAAAGGGAAGGAAAAGGAAAAGGAAAGGGUUAAAAGCGAGAGUGCAUCUUAUUUGUUUAGAAGGAAAGAAAAGAAAAAGGAAGGAAAAUGAGUGUUUUGAUUCAAAUCUUUCCAUCAUAGAAGAGAUUAUAUUCUUAAAAAAAUCUUUCUACGUGUUUCCUUCAAACUCUUCCCCUCUAAAUCUCUCCCCUCUCUUUUUAUUAUUCAAACAAUAAAUUCUUCAUCCUUUCGAAUCCCUUCCUUUCCUUUCCCUGCAUUUUUUUCAAUCCAAACAUAAUGUAAAAGACUUUUCUUGUUUAUACAAUAUGUAUUGUGGAAUGGAAUAAUAAUGUAUAAAUAAAUCUACUACUCUA